GAUGACAGGCGGGAGUGACCAGACACAUCAUCAGCUGCUGCUGUUGUUGUGGUGACCAGUCAGCUGGUGACCCAGGCCGCCCUGCCCUCUGCUACAGUGCCCUCCAGCCCCUGCCCUGCCUUGCCCCUGCACCACCCCGCCCUCUACAAUGUCUACUACAGCCUCCUACAGCAACGAGCGUCCGCCCUCCAUUGACGUAGACUAUUCUGCUGAUCCUGCCUCUGGCAGUUUCUUCAGCACCGAGUUCAAGAAACAUGAAGACCUCAAACAGAUGCUUGACAGCAAUAAGGAUGGUCUCAAGUUGGAGGCCAUGAAAAGAAUAAUUGGGAUGGUAGCAAAGGGAAGAGAUGCUUCAGAGUUGUUUCCUGCUGUUGUGAAGAAUGUUGUCAGUGCUAACCUCGAAGUGAAGAAGCUAGUAUAUGUUUAUUUGGUACGAUAUGCUGAAGAACAGCAAGAUCUGGCUUUAUUGUCAAUCUCCACUUUUCAAAGAGCCCUUAAGGAUCCCAACCAACUGAUUCGGGCUUGUGCUCUACGUGUAUUGUCAAGUAUCAGAGUUCCCGUUAUUGUGCCAAUAAUGAUGCUGGCCAUAAAAGAUGCUAUGACUGACAUGUCCCCAUAUGUACGAAAGACUGCUGCACACGCUAUUCCAAAACUUUACAACCUUGACCCUGAUCAGAAAGAAGAACUAAUAAAAGUAAUAGAAAAGCUCCUAUCAGACAAGACUACAUUAGUUGUUGGAUCAGCUGUGAUGGCAUUUGAGGAGGUGUGCCCAGAACGAAUUGAUUUAAUCCACAAAAAUUACCGAAAGCUAUGCAACUUGCUCGUGGAUGUUGAGGAGUGGGGACAAGUCAUCAUCAUCAACAUGUUGACUCGAUAUGCUCGUACUCAGUUUGUUGACCCUAAUGUUGGCAAUGAAGCUGAUGACAAGGAGAAACCAUUUUAUGAGGACGAAGAGGAGAUUGAAGAUCACGAGGCUGUUGCUAACAGGCCCAAGCCUAUGGAUCCUGACCAUCGACUCCUGCUCAGGAAUGCCAAGCCACUGCUGCAGAGUCGCAAUGCUGCAGUGGUACUGGCAGUAGCUCAGCUGUACCAGCAUAUUGCACCACGUUCAGAAGUUUCUCAGGUUGCACGGGCUUUGGUGCGACUGUUACGCUCACACCGAGAGGUUCAAGCUGUUGUUCUCACAAACAUUGCUUCAAUGUCUACUCGACGGAAGGCCAAUGCAAGUAACGCGGAAAAAGAUAUGUUUGAGCCUUACCUGAAGAGCUUCUUCGUCCGCUCCAGUGACCCAACACACAUCAAGGCACUGAAGUUAGAGGUACUGACCAACUUAGCCACAGACACCAAUAUAUCCAUCAUUCUCCGAGAGUUCCAGACUUACAUAGGAUCUUCAGAUAAAGAAUUUGUAGCUGCAACCAUUCAAGCUAUUGGAAGAUGUGCAUCAAACAUCAGAGAAGUGACAGACACAUGUUUGAGUGGCCUUGUCUCCCUCUUGUCAAACAGAGAUGAGUCUGUUGUGGGCGAGAGUGUGGUAGUUAUCCGCAAACUCCUGCAGAGUGAGACGGUGGGUCACAAGGAUAUAAUCAGUCACAUGGCACGCCUCAUGGAUAAUAUCAAGAUCCCCAUGGCAAGGGCCAGUAUUCUCUGGCUGCUUGGCGAGUAUUGUGAUAAAGUGCCAAAGAUUGCCCCAGAUGUACUUCGCAAAAUGGCCAAGACCUUUAUAUCCGAGGAGGACAUCGUGAAACUGCAGAUUCUAACUCUAGCAACAAAACUAUACUUGACCAAUCCUAAGCAGACCCGUCUUCUCUGUCAGUAUGUUUAUAAUUUAGCAAAAUAUGACACCAACUAUGACAUCCGUGAUCGUGCACGUCUCACAAGAGCAUUAGUGUUUCCACCACAGGGUCAUGAGGAUAAUAAACUUGCAAAACAUGCAAAGAAAAUAUUCUUAGCCACUAAGCCACCUCCAGUACAACAGUCUAGUUUUAAAGAUCGUGAUCAGUUUCAGCUCAGCACUUUGUCUCAUCUCAUUAAUGCACGAGCCACAGGAUAUCAAGACUUGCCCCCAUUCCCAGAAGUGGCUCCUGACCCAAUUGUACGCUAUGUGGAAGUCCCGCCAUCGUUCACCCCUGAAAAUCAUCACAGACCUUCACACCAAAAGAAGAGCAAACCCCAGAAGAUUAAAUCAUUUUAUUCUGAUGAAAGUUCUCCUGAAGAUGAGAGUGAAAAUGAUGCAAGUGACAGCAGCAGUGAAAGUGAUAGUGAGAGUGAUAGCAGUGACACUGACAGUUCUGAGACCAGCAGUGAAGAUGAUAAUGGAUCCGACAGUGAGGAUGAAGAGGAGCAGCCGAGAAUAAAGAGGAAGACGAGCAGCAGUGGCAAAAAACGUUCAGAAAAACGUAAUGGUUCAGAGUCUUCAGGCAGCGAGGAUUCGGAAUCUUCAUCUUCCUCUUCGUCAUCAGGCCGAGAGUCGUCAAGUGGCGAGUCGGAAGAUUCUGAAGUGUCUGAUGAAUAUGUGAAAAAGAAGACAAAAAAAGAGCCAGAACCAAAAUGUGAGAUGCCUCAGGGAAGUGGCAACCGUAGUAACUUAGAUUUACUCCUGGAUUUGGAUGAUUCACCACCUUCCAUGGAUACCCCACUUCUUACUCCUUCACUGGGUGGUCUCCUGACACCCUCCCCAUCUUCACAUCCUUCUCAACCACUUCCACCAGGUGCUUCUAUUAAGCCUACUUCUGCCAAGUUUGUACCAAUAGUUACACAUGAAUUGCUAAACCGACUUAGUGGCGGUGGUCUUGCUGUGUCGUGUCGCUUCACACGCUCUCCUCAUCUUUAUUCCCCUCGCAUGACAUCGGUUGAGCUCGCAUUCACCAACAGCAGUAGUGAGGAAAUUCGUGACAUUAGUGUUGGCAGCAAGAAACUUGCUCAAGGAAUGUCGCUUCACGAGUUUGCUGGUAUAGCAGUCUUGAGUCCGGAUACUACCCUGCAUGGCACUCUUGGUGUGGACUUCAACGACACAAUCCAACCAGCAGUAUUUGACCUGAUAGCGGGUGGACAAACAUUCAACAUUAGUAUUACAGCAUCAGUUGGAGAGUUGUUAAUGCCAUUAGCAAUGAAUGAAGCUGAUUUUAAUUUUAAUCAGACUAAACUACGAGGAAUGAAUGAACUGAGUGGUUCGGUGAAUCUCUCUAGCAGUAAUCAAGACGUCAAAAAUCUAGUGAACCGGGUUUAUGAGACUGCCAACCUCCGCCAAGUUCAGUGUGCCAGCAACACUAUCUUAAAGUUUGGUGGACAGACUGCCUCGGGGAAAGCAUUAGUGUUGGUCUGUCUCUCCAUCUCGCAAGAUAGGCUGGAUGCUUCCAUUACCGUUCACUGUGAGAAGAUGGUUAUUUCUUCAAUGCUUCUUAAAGACAUUCAGUCUGCCCUUAAGAAAGACUAAUCAAUGGUACUUAAAAAUGUGGUGGAAUGAUGGAGUGUAAGUUAAGCAAUAGCUUGUAGUAAACCCUGUAUGAUCAUUUUAAUUCAGGAAAGUAAUUGCCCUCUUGACCAUUGUGUGUUUAAGCUUUGCAAGUUUAUCUUGAAUUUAUUGUUCUCUGCCAUUUCAUGGAAGACAAUUUUUGUAUUUGCAAUUAAAUAACGAUGCAGCAUGGCGAACUAUGUUUGUAUGUACUGUAUAUGUAUUUAAAUCUCAGACAAUGUAGUGGAUAAGUGAUGUGCUGUCUUUAAUAUUGUGUCUGCCUUUAUUUGGUGAUAUGUUUGGCAAGAGUGGUGGUGGUGAUAUGCCUGGCAACACUAGUGGUGGUGAUUGGUAAUAUUAGCAGUGCCAUGUUUUAACAAAACUAGAUCUGUAUUUGGUAAUACAAGGUUCUUCCUAGUGAAUAUGUGAUAAGAAUACUGUCAAUCAUUUUCAGGCAGCCUCACCUUAUUGGCAGGGCCUCAAUAAGCCUAACAAGCUUUCUCUCCCAUGGUAGCAUACCAUAUCAUAUUCACUUUCCAGUAUUACUGUAUUGUAAAUCUCAUUGCCAAUUUUUUUUUGUUCUUGAACUUUGCUCUGGUAUGUUAGUAUGUUAGUUGAGGUCAUAUAUUUGAUGAUGAAAGUUGAGUAGGCUCCAUAACAGCUUAGUAAGCUUUGCAUGACAAAUACAGUACUUCAUGUUCAGUAAGGAUUGGACACCCCGCAGAUAACUUACUAGCUUGAUAUACAGUACUGUACUUGGUUGUCAAUCCUUUGGAGAACUUUCGUAGUAGAGAAACAAAUUAGGGUGAGCCAUUAUUAUUAGCUCUUAUAAUUACAAGAAAUACAGUUUAAUAUAAUAUUUUAAAAAGC